AUGGCUCGCCACUACGCUUACCAUGUGGAUGGCUUCAAGGGAAAUCCGAUUGAAAAAAUUCGAGCGGAGUUCGAUCGGUGGAGUGAUUAUGAAAUUCAUCAGGGUGUCCGCAUGCUCGCUGAGCAAGGCGAUAUGAAGCUCGCCGACUUGGCUCUGCCAGCAGAGGCUUUCCUUGAGAGCACCAAGCUCCGAAAGGCAUUUGAACUGCUGAAGGAGGUUCAGAGUCGGGGUGAGAAGGUGUUGGUGUUUAGUCAGUUUACCUCUUUCCUUGACGUUGUUGAGGAAGCGCUACAGCUGCAUCUUCCUUCUCUUCGUUUCUGUCGCCUCGAUGGCUCUACAGUUGUAGAGGAGAGGCAACGACUAGUAGAUGGCUUCAAUCAAACAGGAGAAUGCACAGCUUUCCUCCUCUCCACAAAGGCAGGAGGACAGGGACUUAACCUCACUGCAGCGCGCACCGUAAUACUCCUAGACCAGCUUAUGCGGAUGGCAGCAGCAGUGGGGGUGCAUGACUCCUCCCGCUGGAGGAGGGGUGCUCUUGCUGCGGCGAGUGUGUUCUGGUUAGUAUUUUUUGGCGGUGGGGUUGUUGUUAUUGUUUUGUUUGUUGUGUUUGUUAUGGAUUGGAAUCCUCAGAAUGACCGCCAGGCAGAGGAUCGGGUUCACCGCCUGGGGCAGACCCACGAGGUUACUGUCUAUCGUCUUUGCUGCAGAGGCACAGUCGAGGAGUCUAUACUCAAAUGCUGUCAGAGGAAGCUGGAUCUAGACAGCGCCUUUGGGGGAAAUUCCGAGGUUCUUCAGGCCGCAAUUUUGCGCGAUUCCUUAGAAAGCGGCGGAAUAGAUGGCGAGGAGCCGCUGCUGCGCUUGAGUCCUCCGCCCCCCAAGACCUCCUGCAAGGAGCCCUCAUCCUGA